UAGAAUAUCUACCUACUGAUCCUGAAGGUUAUGCAAUUAUUUAUAAUUUUUUAGAAAGUGGAAAAGGUGGUGCUUCAUAUGUUAAUUGUCCUUUUUUUGAAGAUCCUAAUAAUGGAAAGAUUCAAAUUAUAAAAGAUCAAAGAACUUGUGGAGGAGUUAAAAUUUGUCCUUAUGUGCAUAAUUAUCUUCAAACUUAUAAACAUACAAAA